AUGUCUUCCAACCCACAAGCUGGAGUGCGGAUCACACUUUACCAGGCCCCUUCCGAUCCCCACGACAUUUUGAGGGCCAAAGAUGAGAUCAUUGCCAAGUUGACAGCGCGCAUCACCCAGCUGAAUGCAGACAAGGAAGACCUUCAAGCUCAAAUCAUGCAACGGGACAAGGAAACCGCCAUACUACAGAAUUUUACCCAUGAACAAGCAAUUGGUAUCCGCGACCUCAAUUCUAAGAUCGGCCGGCAAGGUAAACAAAUCAAAGAUCUCAUGUAUGAGCAAAGUGUCUCCUACAGCACCAUCGAUGACAAAACGCAUGAGAUUGGUGAGUUGAAAGCCCAGGUCUCGAAACAGGAAAGGGAGCUCCAGGAUCAGGGCAGAGAGAUCGAAGACUUGGAGGCUCAAAUAGCCAUUUUUCAAAGGGUCAUCGAUGACGAUAAUAUCUCUACAAGUUCUAACUCUUCCGGCACGGAUUAUGACUUGAUGGAUCUCUCGAGCAAUGAAGAGGAAGAAGAGCAGGACAUCGAUCCAGACAACGACAUCUCUUCCACUACAGACAAUAAUGUCUUGGACAACUCCAGUGGCCGAUAUCGAGUCAGAUAA